AUGUUCAACAUCGGCCGCAGCCGCGCCAUGGCCUCGGCCAUGAACGCCUCCAAGUUCCAGGUCGCUCCCGCUGUCAGAUUCCCCGGCAUUGCCCAACAACGACGAGCCCUGAGCAUCCACGAGUACCUCUCUGCCGACCUCCUGCGACAGUAUGGCGUCGGCGUUCCCAAGGGUGCCAACGCUAAGACGGCCCAGGAGGCCCGCGAGGUCGCCCAGCAAAUCGGCACCGAGGAUAUGGUCAUCAAGGCUCAGGUCCUCGCCGGUGGCCGUGGAAAGGGUACCUUCACCAACGGCCUCAAGGGUGGUGUUCGCGUCAUCUACUCUCCCCACGAGGCUGAGAUGUUCGCCGAGCAGAUGAUUGGCCACAACCUCAUCACCAAGCAGACUGGCGCUGCUGGUCGUCUCUGCAGUUCCGUCUACAUUUGCGAGCGCAAGUUCGUUCGUCGCGAGUUCUACCUCGCCAUCCUCAUGGAUCGCGCUACCCAGGGCCCCGUCAUUGUGUCCUCGUCUCAGGGCGGUAUGGACAUUGAGACCGUUGCCAAGGAGAACCCCGAUGCCAUCAACACCCACUACAUUGACAUCAACACUGGCGUGACUGACGAGAUUGCCCUCGACAUCUCUACUAAGCUCGGCUUCAGCGAGCAGUGCAUCGAGGAUGCCAAGGACACCAUCCAGAAGCUCUACAAGAUCUUCGUCGAGAAGGACUCUACCCAGAUUGAGAUUAACCCUCUGUCCGAGACUUCCGACCACCAGGUGCUGUGCAUGGACGCCAAGUUCGGUUUCGAUGACAACGCCGAGUUCCGUCAGAAGGAUGUCUUUGAGUGGCGUGAUACCACCCAGGAGGACGCCGAUGAGGUCCGCGCCGCCGAGUCCGGCCUCAACUUCAUCAAGCUCGAUGGCGAUAUUGGCUGCCUCGUCAACGGUGCCGGUCUCGCCAUGGCCACCAUGGAUAUUAUCAAGCUGAACGGUGGUCAACCCGCCAACUUCCUCGACGUCGGUGGUGGUGCCACCCCCGCCGCCAUCCGUGAGGCUUUCGAGCUCAUCACCAGCGACGCCAAGGUCACUGCCAUCUUCGUCAACAUCUUCGGUGGUAUCGUCCGCUGCGACGCCAUUGCCACUGGUCUCAUCAAGACCGUCGAGAGCAUGAACCUGAAGAUCCCCAUCAUCGCCCGCCUCCAGGGUACCAACGUCGACGCGGCUCACCAGCUCAUCAACGACUCUGGUCUUAAGAUCUUCUCCAUCGAUGACCUACAAAGCGCUGCCGAGAAGGCUGUGCAGCUGUCGAAGGUCGUGAAGUUGGCUCGUGACAUCGAUGUUGGUGUCGAGUUCACCCUGGGUAUCUAA